AUGGCACAGACAACCGCGAAUCCUGCGAUCUUUCCGUCCCAGAGAACGCACGACUCUGGGGUGUAUGCAGAGCCAUGGAGCAGCUUCGUGCCCUUUUCUACGAAUAACGCCUUCGAUGUCGCCAAUGCCGCAGACCCAGGCCCGAGCAGUGACACCAUCUAUGGCGGGAAUCAACACAUCGUCUUUCCCGCACCAGAUUCCGAAUCCACAAAGCUCGCAGAGGGCCAGCAUUCGGGCACCAUCUGGACGGAUGUCGGCUCUGCUUCAACGAGGGCGACCUCAAGCACAAGUUCCUGGCGGCCACAAUUGGACCCGCUCAUAUGGUCUGAGUCCUUUGUGGAGGAUGAAAAACGGCGGCGCACCUGCAAACUGCAUUCGUACAAGACAUGUACGGAGCCGAAGACACCAGAUGCACCUGUCCGCCGAGAAACGCGGCAAUCUGACGCUGAAAUGUGA